AAUGGGCGUGGCCGCAUAAUGUUCGCGGCAAACUUCAAAGCUAAACGUUCUACAAGCUUUUUACAAUAGCUUGUACUUUUGUUGUACUUUUCUUGUAGUUUACACGCUCUGCUGAGUUAGCAAAAGCUGAAGCUGCUUAGAAACACGAGCUACAAUCAAGCAAGAGUUGAAGGUUGGAAGAUCCCAGCUGGAGAAAAGAAAAAAUGGCGGACAGUGAGGCAUCUCAGGCAAGCAGUGCUCUGGAAGGUAGUCCAAAGCCAGAACCUAUGCAAGAAGAUCCAAAGCGACUCAUAAUAUCCAAGAUAGUCUGUGAGAACUUUAAGUCGUACGCUGGAGUGAAGGAGCUGGGCCCGUUCCAUAAGUGUUUCACAUCUAUAGUCGGCCCCAAUGGCAGUGGAAAGUCCAAUGUGAUAGACUCCAUGUUGUUUGUGUUUGGAUAUCGUGCUCGCAAGAUUCGCUCCAAGAAAGUCAGUGUUCUUAUCCACAACUCCACCCACCAUCAAAACAUCGCCUCCUGUACUGUCAGCGUCCAUUUCCAACUGAUUAAAGAUUUGCCUGGAGAUGCAUUUGAGGUGGUUCCAGAGAGUGAGUUUAUAGUGUCCCGAACAGCGCAUCGAGACAACAGCUCCUACUACCAAGUGAAUGGCAAGAAAGUUCCCUUCAAGGAAGUGGCUACUCUGUUGAGAGGCUCUGGCAUUGAUCUAGACCACAACAGGUUCCUUAUCUUACAGGGAGAAGUGGAGCAGAUUGCUCUCAUGAAACCCAAGGCUCAGUCUGAUCAUGACGAUGGCAUGCUCGAGUUUUUGGAGGACAUUAUUGGAACCAGCCAAUUCAAAGAACCUAUUGAACAGAUGUCAAAGAGAGUCGAAGAGUUGACAGAAGAAAGAGGCAUUAAACUAAAUCGAGCCAAAGCUGUGGAGAAAGAGAAGACCUCUCUAGAAGGGCCCAAAGCUGAGGCAGAGCACUACCUGUCUCUGCAGCGUGACAUGGGCCUCAAGCAGCACUCGCUAUACAGCAGAUACAUCUUUGAGUGUGGCAAGCAUGAGCUGAAGGCCAGGGAAAGGAAGGAAGAGCUGGAAGAGACUGUGGCAGACAAGCAGGCCCAAAUAGCAGAGCUCACAGCUAGCAAGAAAGAGAAGCAGAAAGCGCUGAAGAAAGAUACAAAAGCUUACGAGAAGUUGAUGGAAGGGGACGAUGAGUGCAAGCAGCAGCUGUCCUCUUGUGAGCAGAGGGAUGUACAUGCCAGACAGGCUCUCAAGAACUCCAAGAACAAUCUAAAGAAGACAACCAAGAACUUGUCUAAAGAAGGAGAGCGUCUUGUCGAGCUGAAGGCCAUCCCUGAGAAAAUGGAGAAAGAAAUAAAACAACUGAAGAAAAAGAUUCAAAUUCUUGAGGUCAGAAAGAGCGAGGAGGAAGAGAAGCUAUCUCAAGUCAUGGAGAGUCUAAAGACAGCCACCCAGGGACUGCAAGAUGAGAAGGAGGGCCAUGAGUUGAGACUGGUGGAUCUAAACCAAGCUAUGAAUGAGGCUAAAUCAAAGUUGGAUGUGGGUCAGGCUGAGCUGGAUAUCUACAGAGAACGGUUCACAAGUAACGAGCGUCAGUUGAAAGAGGCUCAAGGGAACCUCGAGGUCACCAAGACCUCCAUUGCUGAAAAGAAGAAAAAGCUCAUGGCUCUGGAGUCUCAAGUGACCUCCAAGAAGACCCAGCUUGAUAAGACAGUAUCAGCACUAAGCACAGUGUCUGCUGUGGUUGAGAAGCUCUCACUGGAGAUCAAGGAGAGCAGUGGUCAUGUUGAGGACGCUAAGAGCUCAAUGGCUGCUCAGAAUGAGAAGGGACAAGUACUGUCAGCACUACUCAGGCAGAAGGAGAGAGGCGCUAUGCCCGGGAUGUGUGGGCGGCUGGGAGAUUUGGGAGCCAUUGAUGACAAGUAUGACAUCGCGAUCAGCACAGCGUGUGGUCCUCUAGACUACAUUGUGGUGGACACCAUGGACACUGCAGUGCAGGCUGUAGACUACCUCAAGAGGAACAACCUGGGAGUGGGCACAUUCAUUGGACUGGACAAGAUGGAGAAGUGGAGCAAGCAAGCCAGUAGCAAGAUAACUACUCCAGAGAAUGUUUCUCGACUGUAUGAUCUUGUGCGUCCCAAAGACCCUCGCUAUCGCAACGUGUUCUAUCAUGCCCUGAGGGACACUCUUGUGGCUGACAACCUCGACCAGGCCACCAGGAUUGGCCUCAAGGGCUCCAAGCGUCAUCGUGUAGUGACCUUGUCUGGUCAGCUGAUUGAUGCAGCAGGGACCAUGAGCGGUGGAGGGGGGAAGGUAUCUAGGGGAAGGAUGUCCAGCAAACUAGUCAAUGACCUCUCACCCCAACAGCUGGCAGAACUGGAGCAGAAACUCAGGAGCAAACAAAAGGCUUUGCAGGAGUCUCUACCUAAGAAGUCAGGUCUAGAGGAUAAGGUUAAGAUGUUGACCUCUGACCUUUCCGGGAUAGAGAGAGAGAUAAAGAAGUUACAACGUGACAUUGAAGUUCUCCUUGUCAAGGAAGAAGGCAUUGCGGCACGUGUGGGGGAGUUGGAGGUGGCAGCCAGUGAACAAGAGCAGAUGGAUCCCGCCCAUUUGGCUCGGCUGGAGAGAGAGGUCAAAGGGUUCACCAAGACAUAUCAGAAAGCACUAGAUGCAGCAGAGACAGUCAAGGCACAAGUGGAAAGGCUUCACUCCCAGAUAAUGGCGGUGGGGGGCUCACGCAUGCAAUCACAGCAGGCUCAACUGGAUGCCAUCUGCUCAGAGAUGGACUCUAGUCAGGCAGCCAUUACCAAGGCUACUGUAGCCAUCAAAACCAACGGACGUAACCUCAAGAAGUGCGAGGAUAAGAUCUCCUCUUUGGAGGGGGAGCUAGAGGAUACAGAGCGGAGAAUUGUGGAGGUCAAAGGUCAACUUAAGGCACUGGAGGAGGAGGCUAAGGAGAUAUUGGAAAAGCAAGAAAAACUGAAGGAGUCAGCAGUGGAGUAUGGAUCCACACUGGAUGCCCUCAGGGGGGAGGUGGACGCUAUAGAAGAAGAAGAGGCGGGGCUACAGAGCGGGCUGGUGGAUGUGAAACACGAGCUAGACAAGUACAUGAGCAAAAUGAGAGAGAACAACGCCAGGAUCAAGCACUUCCAGAGUGAGAUCAAGAAGCUGCACCUUGAUGAUGAGGGACCCCCUGCAUUGGGUGAUGAAGAGCUGGCAGGACUGGACAAACAGACGGUUGAGUACGAGAUCACUGUCCUGGAGGAGAGGCUCAAGCAAAUGACACCCAAUAUGGCCGCUAUAGAGGAGUACAAGCGGAAGGAUGAGCUGCACCAAGCUCGGCUAGUGGAGCUGGACACGGUGACUGGAGAGAGGGACAAGUGUCGAGGAGAGUUUGAGGAUCUGAGGAAACAACGACUCGACCAGUUCAUGUCAGGGUUCAGUAUUAUCACUAACAAGCUCAAGGAGAUGUACCAGAUGAUCACUCUAGGGGGUGACGCAGAGCUAGAGCUGGUGGACAGUCUGGACCCAUUCUCUGAAGGGAUCGUAUUCAGCGUUCGUCCUCCUAAGAAGAGCUGGAAGAACAUCACUAAUCUGUCUGGUGGUGAGAAGACUCUCAGUUCACUGGCCCUCGUGUUUGCCCUCCAUCACUACAAGCCAUCACCACUCUAUGUUAUGGACGAGAUUGAUGCUGCCCUCGACUUUAAGAAUGUCUCAAUUGUUGCCCACUAUAUCAAGGAGCGUACCAAGAAUGCCCAGUUCAUUAUAAUCAGUCUGCGUAACAACAUGUUCGAACAAGCCGACAGACUAGUAGGUAUCUUCAAGACUGACGACGUCACCAAGACUUGCACUAUUGACCCCCGGAAGAUCCAGAUUGGACUCACCCUCCCGACCAUCUCCACAUAAACUAACUUUAGGCUUUUAAUGACUCCUAUAAUUACCACCACUGCAUAACAUUAAUGAUUGUUUAAAGCUGAUAUUAAAUCCUCUCAUUCUAUUAAAAUGUGCAUUGAUUGGAGAA